AUGGAAGAUGUUGAGUCAUUCCUUAAGCAUGAGCGAUAUAUAGGAAAGCGACCAACUAGUAACAUUUCAUGUGUGCCAGCAAAUGAUGCGGAUAAGAUGGAUCCUGUAAAUCUCAACUCUGAUGCUCACAGCUUUCAUGUUUCGUUUACUAUAGUUUUAGGUCUUAUAAAACUUCAGCACUGGUUAAGGUCCUCUGAAGGCACAUCAACAUCAGCCACUUCUGUGACAGCAAACUUGGCUAGCCUCAGAGAUUUACAUGAUGGUAUUAAUAAUCUGAUACAGAUGCCCACAACCCAAGAAGCCCUCUGCCAUGGAAACAGUGAAAAAUGGACACAUGAGUUGCUCGAAGGGUCACUUGGGCUUGUGGAUCUUUGUGGAUUCGCAAGAGAUAUUCUAAGUUUAACAAAGGGAUCUGUUCAAGAUCUUCAGUCAUCCAUCAGGCGAAACAGAGGUGAAACUGCCACGGCAGAUGACAUCAAUGCCUAUAUGACCUCAAGAAAGAAGAUCAACAAAAUGGUUAAGAAGUUCAUCAAGAAUUUCAAGAACUUCGACCAGAACUGCACGCAAUUCUUGAAAGAAGAAUCUGAUGUCAAGGCCAUUGCAGGGAUGCUGAAAGAGACGGAGUCUUUUGAUUUCUCAGUCCUAAAGUCUCUUCUUACAAUUUUGUCGGGGGAGAAGGGAAGAUCAAAGAUUAGAAGUUGGUCAUUUCUUUCCAAGUUCACUCAAACUAGCCGCGUGCAUUCAGAGAGAGAUCAAGAAUGCGGUGCUGAGGAAUUGGGCUUGUUGAACCUCCACAAGUCAGGAAAAAACAUGGACAUUACUGCUGUGCAAGAUGUCUUGAAGCAGUUGAAAUCCUCAGAAAUGACUAUCCAAGAACUUGAAGAGGAACUAGAAUCAUUUUUCAGGAGUUUAGUCAAAACUAGAGUUUCUCUUCUUAAUGCCCUUAACCACUAGGCUCUCACUUUGAUCACGAGACACAGUGAAUUGUAAAUAUGUCAACUGCUACAAUAAUAUUCAAACCUUCAUCCAUUC